AGUUCCGCCGCAUACCACAGCAUCGUCGAAACUCGCUCGGACCUUGGAGGGUCACAUUUACCCAAAACUUCUUUUCAAAUGGGCCCCGUCGCCUAGCGUUCACUCCCCCAGCCUCGCCGACUGAUCGAAGUGAGUGCUCCCGAACAUCAAACACGUCUGGGUCCGCACAAGGGUUCCAUCAGCACAGUGUACAGCGACCAACGGCCCAACAAUGGCAGCUAUCCCAGCAGGGGGGUCUCUCGUGGCGACCACUGACUACUACCGAAGGCGCAUCGGCUCUACGUCCAGCAGCAGCUCGUGUGGCAGUUCGGAGUACAGCGGCGAGGUCAUCCCUCACCAUCCAGGACUGCCCAAGCAGGACUCCGGCCACUGGUGGUCCAGCUUCUUCUUCGGGAAGCAGCCGGGGAUGACCCCACUGACUGAGGAGGCACAGCACAAGGCGGGGGUCUCUGGUGUGGUGACGAACGGUCAGAUCACCUGCGUCGCCCGGGAGAUGGUGAUGCAGCGGCAGGCGAGCGAGAGCAGCGACGCGGGAAGCCCCACCUCCUCGUGAUCCCGCGGUCUCUCUCGGUCCACGCCACCACACCUGAUUGGGGGGAAUCGAACCAUCAGCCAACGCUAGGUGACGGGAGGAAGUCCCGUUUACAGCCUUAGUUUCUUUUUCUUUUUUCCUUUUGUACGUGUCGUAGUGUGGCUGCGUCUUCUGUUCCUGUAACCUCACUUUUUAAAUUAAUGACCAAAAAUAAAGUUAAAAAAAAUAAAAAGAAGCAGCCGAUAAGCUCUGUUUGUUUUUAACAUUUGUAAUGUGUGUUUGUAUUCAGCCUGAAGGUGGCGCUGCCACAGGCUUUUCUUAACCUUUCUCACUUUGUCACUGCAAACGAAAUAAAGUCGAGUGCAUCCCGA